GAAGAGAACCAGCAAGAUGGAAACCAAAGUGGCAUCAGAGCCAGUACCCAACGGUGUGACGAAAGGAGGGGCGAGGAUUGUAGUGGACGACGAUGAAGAUGUUCUUAGUCCAACCGACCUCUCCGAGAUGUUAGCCGAGGGGACCAAGGAGUCCCACGACAGAGCAGAGAACUGCCAGUUUGUCAAAGAUUUCCUCAGGGGCCGCAUCCAGAGAGAGCUGUUCAAGAGAGGCACAGAAGCUCUGUACUUCGUCUACUCUGCCAUGGAGGAGGAGAUUGAGAAGAACAAAGAUCAUCCUAGCAUCGCUCCAAUCUAUUUCCCUACAGAGCUGCACCGGCGUGAGGCCCUGGGUCGGGACCUUGAGUAUUUCUAUGGGGAGGACUGGGAGAGCCAGAUCAGCCUCUCUGCAGGCACCAAGCCAUACGUGGAUCGCAUCCACGAGGUGGGAGAGAAGGACCCAGUGUUGUUGGUGGCCCACUCCUACACCCGCUACAUGGGCGACCUCUCAGGGGGACAGAUCCUCAAGAAAGUGGCUCAGAGGGCUCUGAAGCUCCCCUCGACUGGAGAGGGUCUCAACUUCUACCAGUUUGAGGGAAUCCACAGUCACAAGGGCUUCAAGCAGCUGUAUAGAAGCAGGAUGAACGAGCUGGAGCUGGAUGUUGAGACCAAAGAGAGGCUUGUGGACGAGUCCAAUCGGGCUUUUGGCUUCAACAUGAUGGUAUUCACAGAGCUGGAUGGGAUUGGAAAGACCAUAAAAGAAGAAGUCCAAGAUGCAGGUUUUGGACACAGUCAUGCAGAGAUCAUGGAGGGCGGUGAUAUCAACAAGUGCCCGUACUAUGCAGCCAAAAUGGCUGCCAGUGGAAAUCCCACUUAUGCCUGCCAGUUAGCCAUGAUGCUUCUCAGACAUCCACCCUGUCAGGUGGCUCUGGCAGCCUGGGUGGCCGUCCUCGCUGGAUUUGCUGCCUGGUACUUUAUUUGAGCUCUGAUAACCUCGAUCUGCCGAUAAUCUGAGCAAAGAGUGGAGUACACAGCCGCAUCCUACAGACUCUAUCCUCUUCAGUUUGACGGGUCCUGUUAGAAAGUGGCAAAUCAGAAACGGGACAUUCCUAAGUAAUGUUUUCUGCCACGUGUUUGAUGCAUUUGUUCAUUGACAUUGAAAAGUAAGGACUCUUAUCAUCUCUGAAUAAUUCCACUCUGUGGAACAUAUAGCUUUAUGCUUCUAAGGCUGCUAUGAGCAGCAAAGGAGCUUUUGUCAAAAUGCAGUUGUUGUGUGACUAUGAAAAGCCACUUUAUUAUGCAUGCAUCAUGUAUACUGUUUUACCGAGUACACAGAGUUUAGAGAAACUGUUCCAUGUAGAAAUUUGAAAUGCUUAUUCUUCUCCCAUGUGAUCAAAAUAUCAUUAGUUGAAUGUCCGUUAUAUGACAGUGAAUUACACAUUGUGCUGAAUGUGUGUUGAUUUCUAAACUGUGCAAAUUGUUGUAGAGUUUGUCAGUUAGCAGACAACGGUUACCUCACUCACAAAUGUUUUCAUGACAUUUGCAUUUUAAGUCCAUACAAACAACAGCAAACUCUCUGUGUUUGUCAACAAAGGUUAACAAUAAAGUGUGCAUACUUAAAUAAGUCA